AUGGCCGGCCCAAUAUUUGAUACUCAAAGCGGCUUCGCUCGAGCAACUAUGGUUCUGUGGACUCUGUCACGCUUUGGAGCUCACAAGACUAGUCGAUCUACGGACCCUGAGAAUCACUUCCGCGAUGAUAUCUACUACUCGUCCAAGGAAAUACAUACGUCCCGACAUCUGUGGUAUCCUCUGCACCUGCGGAGUUAUGUGGAGGGCUACAUACAGGCAAGCAGCGAGCUCAAGUACUUGCGAUUCAUCACUGGUCGACAGGAUCUUCCAUUCUACUACAAGGCAGAGGUCGAGAUUCAGCGCAGCUUCCUCGAUGCUUUCAUCAAGACGGGGAUCACGUUGGCUGGAGCAGCGGACCGCGCCCAAGGUAGACGUGGUGGUCCGCAAGGACGAAAGUUGUCGCAAGCACUGCAACAUCCGCGCAUGCUGCUUUGUUUCGAGACGGUUAGCACCCUCAAACCCGUGAUUGUUUUGGUCUUUGGACUCAUUUCCAUAUUCCUCCACAUGUCGCUAGAAGCACUGCAGCUGUUCGCCGGCAAGGAGGACAAGAACGAAGCCUGA